GCUCAGUGUUAAAGACCUCACAGUCGAGGAGCUGGAUUUCUCUGUUAUCCAGGGGAGCAGGCGUGGCGAGGGGGUUUUUCUGAGGUGCACUACUGCUCCUGGUCUCCCCUACAGAAACUGCUAUUUUACAUGCUGGACAGAGUGAAAGAAUGCAGAAGGCUUUGUGAUUCCUGUUGGAUGAGGAGCUUUCACAAGGGAAAUGGAGAGAUUACAAGAUUGCAUGACGAUGUGCUGACACAGGAUCUGGAGAUUUCCUGGGACACCAUGUUAAAAUCAACUCCGAAAUAAUUGGAGAAUUGGAUCUCAGCGUGGGAAGGUGAUUGCAGUGCCUGUUCUCCCUGCUUCCUGUUAGUUGGCGAUUGGUGUAGCUUCAUGCCAAAUGGCGCAGGAUACCAAAGUGAUGACCUUCUACAUGGAGUUGAGAACGGAUGCUCGUGGGCGUUGUGCCAUCACACCUCCAGGAUCAGCAUGCCAUGACGAGCUGAACACUGCACAACCUGAUGCCAAUGCCCAAUCGCCAUGCUUGCUUUCGCCCAUAAUGCCAUCCUAUACGCAGCGGCGCAGUUUGCUGCCAGAUACGAAGAUGGAUUUCCUGGGCUUUCCUGGUUGUAAGAAGGGCACAGCCUCACUCGUUCGCACACAGUCGGAGACCAAUCCUUUUCGGGAAUUUGCCCCAACCAGUCCCGGGAGGUCUACUGCCCCGACCUCUCCGGUAUGCAUCAGGACUCAGCCGUUCUGCCCAGUUAACUUGGAGAAUACAAUGAGAGAGCUGGGUGGUGACACCAGAGGUAGAAGCUCAGUAGUUACAUUCAGCUAUAUUGAAAAGGCCAGAGUUAAAACUGUUGUGAACCCCUUCAAUGUGUCUGUGCUUCCUCAGGGAGUGAAGCUGACUUCCAUAGGCCAGGAACCCUCUACUGGGUGGAAAAGCCCCCAGACUGCCCACAGAGUCUCUCAACGGAUAGUAUCAAAGCCAGCUCAGAUGGAGAAUUUUGACAUGUGUGUGAGCACAGUGUCUGUGAGAAGCUGCAGUGAGCCAUCGAAUGGCCUCCUUUCCACUCGGAGCUUGCUUUCAUCGGUUGGGAGUGUGACCCGACGGUAUUCUGAUGCUGCGGCUCAUAGUCCAUGUCCUGGGGGGAAACGACUACAGUCUGGGAAUGAACUGUGUCAAGGGUAUGCUUCAAAGCAAAUCCGUACCAAGACUCUGGAUUGGGGAACAAAUCUAAUGACUGUGACUACCCCCAAUAAAACAUUGAGUAACCACAGCAUUGCUGCCGUUCCAAGUGUGAAAUCCCAAGAAAUCCCAAACAGUCCAGGCCUCAGACAGGCUGAGCCUUGCGUACUGGUUGGGGAACAUUCUGAGCGCGCACAGCGGAUUGCAAAAGCCAGACGGGAAUUCUUUUACGGAACGUCAGAGCCACAGAUCCCUGAGGAUAAAGGUGACUCUAAAACCUGGCAGGUGCUGGUGAAUCCAGACAACACCACAACCAGGGAGACAGUGGAGACCAAAUGCCAGGGAGCCUCGGCCAACGGAUCUCUUGAGGUACAACUAGGCUUGGUCAGUCAAGGCUCAGCCAAAGUAGCUAAUGAUCUGAGUGCACCUUUGUCAAAUGGGACUUCCAUGGAUUACAAAGCAAGAGACCAACAUCGAGCGAUGAAGUACUCCGAGACAGAUUUAGACGCUGUGCCUAUCAGGCGUUACCAGGAGACCAACCUGGAUGAGGUCAUGGCAGAUUACAAUGUAACCAGUGCAGACGAGCCUGACAGUCCUCACUACCCAAAUUCGAAACUUGGUACUGUUCGGAUAGACCCUCCCAUUCCUUCAGGAGGCUUCGGGCAAGACAGGACCACUGGGAAUCAUGGGGAAUGCAGAGAAGAGCAAUCAAAAGCUGCUGAGGGUGAUGUGUUCUCCAAACUGUCCUCUACUGCUGACGAGAGGUCACCAGAGGUAGAGGUGAAGAAUCUGCCUCCACCAGUUGCUUCAAUUCGUUUUGCACGAAGCCUCUCUGAAGAAGGCACUGACACCUUCAGCAAACAAUUCGAAUCAAUCCUGGAGUCCCACUGUGCCAAGGGCACCUCUUAUACCAGCCUAGACUCUGUGGAAACCCUGCCUUCUCCCAACAAGAACCAUGGGAAUUAUUUCACCUUUGACUUUCCAAGCCUGACCUCCAAAAUCCAGGACCAGAUUAAAGAGAACGCCCGGCUGAUUGAGGAGGAGUUUUUGCCGUGGUCGAAUGCUGAUGGUGAGUGUUGCGUGAACUCGACCAAGGACUCUGAUUGGCCAGACAGCCCCAGGUGUAAGGCCACCAGAGCAGACAAGAAGCUGGGAGUCAAUCCAAUGGUGGGCUACAGUAAAUCCGAGAACAUUCUCACCAGGUCCCAGCUGUACACCGAGGACAACCUGCUCAAAAGAACGCCUGAGGUUGGAGAUGAUGAACCAAAGUCUGAUUAUUCCUCAAGGUGUUGCUGGUCCGUUGCAAGAGACGGAAGAGGAAGCUUCAGAUGUGAUCCCAGCGACAGCAACUUGAACCACUUGGUGAUGGACUCGGAGUCCGAGAUGGACAGCACCGAACAGUUGGCACUGGGGAGCACCGACACUUUGGCCAAUGGCAGCAAGACUGACCAGGAGGCUGCCAAGCGAUUGGCCAAACGCCUCUAUUACCUCGACGGGUUCAAGAGGUCUGAUGUGGCUCGACAUUUGGGCAAGAAUAAUGACUUCAGUAAGAUGGUGGCUGAGGAAUACCUGAGGUUUUUUGACUUCACGGGAAUGAGUCUGGAUCAAGCUCUGAGAGCUUUCUUGAAGGAGUUUGCACUAAUGGGAGAGACACAGGAGAGGGAGCGAGUGCUGAUCCACUUUUCACACAGAUACCACCAGUGCAACCCUGGGGCCAUAUCUGCAGAGGAUGGUAUACACACACUAACCUGUGCACUGAUGCUGCUUAAUACGGAUCUCCACGGGCAUGGAAACAUGAUCGGUUUGAACAGUGUUCACACAGGCGAGAAUCUGCGGCCCCGUACGGCAGCGUCUGCCCGCUAUAACCGGGAUUACUGCGGGGCACACGCCGCUCGCUACCGGCCGCCGCAGCGCUCCAAGUCCUUGCGAAAUCCCGGCGUCGACAAACACAAGGUUCUGUACAGCUCGAUAAAGAAUGAAAAGUUACAGUGGACAAUUAAUGAGGAGGAGUUGCGGAAAUCCCUGUCUGAGCUGGCAGACGAGAGGACAGAUCCCAGCCUGAAGGCGAUGAAUAGGAUCAGCGGAGGGAGUAACCCAUUCCUGGAUAUUGUGCAAGAUCCCAAAGCGGCCACGUACAAGCACGGCUUCCUGGUGCGCAAGGUUCACGCGGAUUCCGAUGGGAAGAAGAUUAGAGAUUGCCACACCAUUGGAAACACCUUCUCAACGUCUACCCUGUCAAGCCCCCUCUGGAUCUUGAAAAUGAGGUUCAGCACGUACGUCUCGAUGCUGCGCGCCAAGCUGAAAGCAGGAACGGAUGAUCUGGACAAGUUUGAAUCCGCUCUGUUCGACACCAUCGAGAACGAAGGGAAUGGCUUGACAAAGUCCCACUCCAGCCCGUCCCUGCACCAGGAGCCACCGCUCAUGGCCAUCCGAGUCAAACGCAACACAUCAGAACGCCGGAGUUACCGGCCCUCCACCAGCACCAAGCACAAGCUAUAACCGGCUUGUUUAGUCAGGGUUUGCACUGAGACUAGCACGUUGUAUGUUCAGUUACAACUUCUGACUGUAGUGUAGUGCCACUGGUAGCUGCUCGUGGUCGUUGGCACAUGCAUAGUUCAGGGGCUGGUUGGUGCAGAAAGUUGGCUCCCUUUCCAAAAGACUGGAAUUGCAGGGAUUGAGGUACAGCUACAAAAGGGGCACCGAUACUGUGGUGUCAUGGACAGCGAGCCUGUUUACUAGUUGCACCAUAGCAGGGGCAGGACCGUGGUUGCAUGUGCCAAGUGUGGCAGGAGCCACCCACCAGCAGAUCUUGAAGCGUCAUCUACUUUACUCUGACUCCCUGACGGUAACUCAUGCCAUGGCUCUGGCCUUGUCCCUCGAGCACGUGAGAGGGAAGGGGGCCUGUGGCAAACAAGGAGGCCCGAGCCACGCCUCACAACAGUUGUAUUUCCACAGGACAGAUGGAUAGAGCUAUAUAAAUACAUAUAAUAUAUUCCUUUAGGAUAAGGUGGCAUUGAGAGGAGCUUGGCAAUGCCACAGGUAAGGAGCAGCAGGCUGAGCUGGUUCUGAAUCUCGUCGGGACUCACUAGAGGGUUGCUGCUACUUCAUUGCGAUUCCCUCAAUCAUUGCCAGCAGAGGUUAAGGAGUUGGAGUUCUCUCACUGCCACACUCCUUCGUGUGGCGUCAGUGACGAUCACAGUGAUGAGUUAUGGUAGCUGCCACACAGAUAGUUUAUUUAUGUUGUGUCUCACAUUCCUUUCCCCUCCAUCCAAGCUGUUCACAUCUGCUUCCCAUCUCCUCCCACACAUAAAUGUUAAAUUAUAACGUGUAAAAGUCAGAGUCAAUUGAAUGUGCGUUUCAUAAAACUCAUUCUGACAAUGAA